GGUUUACCAUUAGCUUCUGCCAAAAUCUGAAGGCGUUGGCGCGACACUUCGCAACCGUAUGCUACAAAAAGGGCCUUUGAGGAUCAUGCAAAUAUAUAAGAGCAUAAGAGAUUCAUUCAGUGCACUCACAACAAGAUGCUUCCUAUGUGGUCAUUACCAUCUUUUCGGUGCUCAAUACCGAGUUCAGAGUCAACGCUACCAAAUUAAUAUUUUGUUACCGAUAGGAGCAUCAUGGGUCUCACAGAUGGGCUCUUGGGGCCUGUUCUAGGUGGCUUGCUUAGUUUCUUGGGGGCUAUCGCAGCUGCAGUCAUUGCUUUUUCUCUUAGCCGGCGAAACAGGAACAGAGAAAGGUUGACGGAUGAGGAGCAUACUAAUCCCAAUAACCAUGAAUUGGGAUUUCAUCGGAAUUCCAACCGCUUCUGCCACCAAGGUAUCAUCAACGGUACGGACCAAAUGCAGCACGGCACACCUCAAUUCGUUGAGCACCGGUACUUCAGAGCUUUGGAAGAAAGUGCACAUUGCCAGACCCCACGCACCAUGACAACCAUACACCGAACACUCACCCUAUCAACGGCAAUUAUGGCGACAAGCUGAUAAGCGCGUACCUAUUAGCAAUGUUUUAUUGUGCGUUUGAGGGGGGAUGAGGGGUCUAGAUCUGUUUGAAUUAGCCAAUGCAGGAUCAAGCGCAGACAAUGGGUGGCAUUAUGUAAUAAUUAAUGCUUGUGGCAUUUGAAGAUACUUGGAGAGUAUUGCUGAACGAUGGGACAUACUAGUGAUUCCUCUUGUAAGGAAGCCUUACAUGUCCUGCAGUCC